AUCUAGCCCAUUAACGAUCACCAUUUCUUCUCCCCUUGAAUCGCUUCACACCUUCGAGAAGUUUCUGAGAAGAAAAGAAUGGCGUUGCUAAUGGAAAAAGGCGCAGAACCUCAAACGGAGCGUGAAUUAGCAGACCUUGAUGCUAUAUCUGCUCUUAAGGAAUCAGCUGCUAUUGAACUCAAAGAAGAAGGUAACAAGUAUGUCAAGAUGGGAAAGAAACAUUAUCAACAAGCUAUCAACUGUUAUACACGGGCCAUAAAUCAGAAGGCCUUAACUGACACCGAGACCUCGAUACUUCAUUCUAAUAGAGCACAUGUUAAUUUACUACUUGGAAAUUACGGGCGCGCUCUUUCCGAUUCAGAGGAAGCCAUAAAGCUGUCCCCAACAAACAUUAAGGCUUAUUAUAGAGCGGCUAAAGCAUCAUUAUCUGUUAAUAAGUUGGUUGAAGCAAAGGCCUUUAGUGAAAAAGGACUCGAUCAAGAUCCGGAUAAUGAAGAACUAAAGAAACUGAAAAAACAAAUUGAUUCGCAAAUAUCGGAACUUCAACAACGCGAGGCUCAAGUUUCUAAAGCUUUGAAAACCGCUAAGGACAUAAUGUCAGCAAUUGAAGACAGAGGAAUAAAGAUCGGAAAGGCUACAUUUCAAGAAUUAACCGGAUUGAAAAAGCCGAUAUUAGAUAACGAUCAUAUGCUUCACUGGCCCGUUCUUCUUCUUUAUGCAGAGGUUAUGUCGAGUGACUUCAUUGAGGAUUUCUGCGAGACCGAUAUGUUCUCAGCUCAUCUUGACUUGAUGUUUUCGGAUAGUGCUGAACCGUUGCCAUGGGAUAAAGAAAAUGCGUAUACUCGUGAUGCUAUUGAGUUGUACUAUGAGGCUGGAUCAGGGGUUUGCUUGUCAAAGAAAGAAAUUCUUAGCAAUUUAUUACAGGGUACAGCUGCUUCCCAUAUUGAAUCUUUCGGUGAUGAAGAUACAGAUGCAGCUAAAUCUUCACCUAAAGAAAUCUCUUCAGUUGGAAACAAUCGUUCCAAAUGGGUGAAAGUGAAUGAAAGAAAAACCCUUCAUGCAGUUCUCAAAGAACCGAAUUUCAUUAUCCCCGGAAUCCCAGUGUUUUUUGUUGUUUCCAAGAAAUCCAGUUUCUAUAAAGACUUCAAAAGUGGAAAUUGGUCCCUUCCAUCCUGAACAAAGUUACAUCUGAUCAACACUAUUCUGAUGUAUCUGGUAAACUUAUUUUUAUUGUAAUGCGUGUACAUUAAUUAACAUUAAUAUUUUGAUUAGAUGAACAAAUAAAGAUAGAGGGCUUAUUUUAUGUAGUAUGCAAAUUCAUGUAAUGUUUUCCUUGUGGAAGUUUUGAUCAA